AUGGCUUGCCUCGGCGUCCGUCAGACCCUCAUCCAACAGCUCAGGGGUAAAGAUCUUCGUAUUCCGGAUCUCAGCCUGCUCUUCAAAGAAUGGCCAAAAGACGCAAGCCCUUGCCUGGAAGGCCUUCGAACUCUUUCUGGAGAGCGGAUCGCAAGCUUCACUGAGUUGCCCAAGAGCCGGAUUUCAAUGUCAAAAAUCGAUGUAGGACUGUUCAUAUCAACUUGGUACCCUGGAGUGAACCUGGAACGGGGAGAUAUCCUGUGUUGUGUAGUCCUCUGGGUGCGUUCACUUUCUUGUCAAGUUGCUUUUCGACUGACUCCAGCAGAAAUCGAUGAAAAGGGGGGGCAUCUGUACGACAAUCUUCAAGCCGCACACGUUUUCCGGCGAGAAACCCUCGAAUACGUGCGACACUGCCUUCGUCUUUCCGACAAUGAGGCCUCCCAUGAAGUCCGGACGAAUUAUAUCAUCGCUUUCUUCAAAGUGAUUGGCGAUGCGGUGUGCGAGGCUUAUGACUACGAUCACCGAGAGAUUCUUUUCGAUGAGAUCAAGUUCUUCAUAGAGACCUCCGAAACAGAACAGCAGCGUCGGCUUGGCCCUGAGCUCCCGUCUACGCGAGAAUACAUUGCAACCAGGAUGGGAACAGGCGCAGUCAACGUCUGCUUGUUCUUCAUUGACUAUGCCUGCGGGGUCUCUGUCCCGAUCGAAGUCCUCAGAGAGGUGAAAAUGAGGACAUUAUGGGACCAGGCGAACAUUCUCGUAUGGGCCGUCAAUGACCUCCUCUCUCUUAAGAAAGAGAUAGCACAGCAAACGGUCGAGAGCAUUGUCCCCUUGCUCUUCAGAGAAACGGAAAGUCUUGAUGUUGCAGUCUCCAUGGUCACUGAAAUGAUCCACAAGGCUAUCACUGGAUUCAACCAUGCCGCCGAGUGCCUGAUGGCUAAGUUUUCCGAUGAUGAAACAUUAGCGGCUAACCUCAAGACUUACAUUGAUGGUUGUAAAUACAUCUGCACUGGCAACCUGACUUGGAGUCUUCAGACAGGCCGGUAUGGCCUUUCGCAGCAUUCAAUUUCCGGGGGCUUGGCUAUGCGCUUGUAA